AUGUCUUUAAAUGUUUGUGUUAUUCAACCCUUUACAUUAUUUUGGAAUAAAAUUGAAAAUUUAAAACAAAUACAGUCAAUCAUUGACCAUUCUUCUAAUGACAUCGACUUGUUUGUUUUACCUGAAACUUUUAAUACUGGUUUUCAACCUAAGGCUCAUCUUGUUGCUGAAGACCAUUCAUCAAGUCCAACACUUCAAUGGAUGAAAACAAUUGCCAAAACAAGGAAAUGCGCUAUUACUGGAUCGAUUACUAUUAAAGAUGGUGAAAGAAUUUAUAAUAGAAUGUAUUUUAUUUAUCCAUCUGAAGAAUGUGUUUGGUAUGAUAAACGUCAUUUAUAUCAAAUGGGAGGAGAAGGUUUAGAGUUUAGCAAUGGUUUAAAGAAAUGUAUUGUACACUAUAAAGGAUGGAAUAUCCUAUUGGCUGUGUGUUAUGAUUUACGAUUUCCUGUAUGGCUCAGAAAUACAUUAGAAAAUCAUUAUGAUAUUUUAAUUAUUGUUGGUUGUUGGAGUCUGUUAAAUCGAGCACAUUGGAAAAUAUUAACAAAAGCAAGAGCAAUAGAGAAUCAGUGCUUUGUUCUUGCUGCUAAUAAUUGUGGUUCUUUACCAAAUUGUUUACCAAACGAUGAAGACUCUCAUUAUGUAGGUGAAAGUGCAAUCAUUGACCCAUAUGGGAAGUAUAUUAUAAAAGGAAAGUGUGGGGUGCAAGACUCUUUAAAUACAACACUGACAAAGAGGAGUCAAGAGGCACUAAUAAGUACUUUUCCUGUAUUAAAAGAUGGUGAUUCUUUUAUGUUGAAAAAUUAA